AUGGGAAAUUUCAGAGACGCCAGAACCACAGAGGCCAGACCCCGGGGGGCCAGACAGCUCCCAGCAGCCCUCCCCACCACAGCCAAGCACAGCCUGAGCUGGCCCCUGUUCUCCCCAGAGCAGACCUCCCUCCAUGAAAGUGAGGGGUCUACAGGGAACUCACGCAGCUCCACCCAGAUGAACUCGUACUCAGACAGCGGCUAUCAGGAUGGCAGCAGCUACUACUGUCAGAGCGCAGCCAAGGCAGAGCUGAGGGUGCAGCACUCCUUCCGGGCACUGGGGGCGCCACCCUGCUGAGGAGCGCCCCGGGCGGAGGGUCAGGCGUCCGUGCAGGUCCCGGUGAUGACCUCAGCGGCUCCGGGGCGGGCCAUGCGGAGGGUGAGCUCAGUGCCGUCUCGUGCCCAGUCUCCCGCCUACGCCAGCGGCCUCUCCCCCGGCCGCUCCUCCCUGCGCGGCGCGCCGGCCGGCGGAGCCUACGGCUCGCCCAUCGUGACGGAGCCCCGGCCGCUGGCCAGCGUCUUCUCCUCCACGCUGCCCCCCGCCUCCCGGGGCUCCCCCGCCACGCUGCGCCGCCUGGCAAGCACCGGGCGCACCUCCUCGCCCCACCAGGGGGUGGGGUGCGGGCGGAGGGGCUCCCCGCACACCGUGCUGGAGGGAGCUCCGCCCCCCACGCAGCAGCCUGGCCCGGGGUCUCCGGCAGCGCGCUCCAGUAUGACGGCCGUGCCUCAGCACACUGUAGCUCCUCCCUGCCUCGCUCCCUGCACCGCCACGCAGGACCCCUACGCAGCGCACGGCUACGACGUCUACGAGAGUAUGGUGCCUCGACCAGACAGUCUCACCGGCAUGCGUAGCUCCUACUCCAGUCAGCCGGGUCAGGACCUGCGCUCAGCCAUGUCCCCUGACCGCCACAUCACACCCAUCUACGAGGACCGCUCCUUCCAGAGCCCGCUGUACCGCAGCCCCACACACACAGCCUCGCCGGGCACCCUCUACAGGAGCACCUCUGGGGUGGGAAACCUCCAGAGAAGCUGCAGCCAGCGCAGCGGCACUCUGCCCUACCAGCGGGGGACGUACGGGAUGAACACGGGCAACUACGCUGAGCCCUACCGCCCCGCCCAGUACCGCCCCGGCGGAGGCAGCUACGCACGCCAGGGCGUCGCCGUGGACGACGGGGCCAUGCGUUCCCCCUCUAUAGACAGCAUCCAGAAAGACCCCAGGGAGUUUGCGUGGCGUGACCCAGAGCUGGCGGAGGUGAUCCACAUGCUGCAGCAUCACUUCCCCUCUGUCCAGGCCAACGCUGCAGCCUACCUGCAGCACCUCUGCUACGGAGACAACAGGAUCAAGGUGGAGGUGUGUCACCUGGGGGGCAUCAAGCACCUGGUGGACCUCCUGGACCACAAGGCUCUGGAGGUGCAGAGGAACGCCUGCGGCGCGCUCAGGAACCUGGUGUACGGCAAGGCCAUGGACGACAACAAGGUGGCCGUGAGGAACGCGGGUGGCGUGCCCGCUCUGCUGCGACUGCUGAGGAAGACCGUCGACGCGGAAGUUAGGGAGCUCGUCACAGGGGUGCUGUGGAACCUGUCCUCAUGUGAUCCAGUGAAAAUGACAAUCAUUCGGGAUGCCUUAACGACGAUGACCAACACUGUGAUAAUCCCUCAUUCUGGCUGGAGCAGUUCCACGUUCGACGACGACCACAAGCUGAAGUUCCACUCGUCUCUGGUCCUAAGGAACACCACAGGCUGCCUGAGGAACCUGAGCUCUGCAGGUGAGGAGGCCAGGAGGCAGAUGCGCUCCUGUGACGGUCUGGUGGACUCCCUGCUCUACGUCAUCAAAGCCUGCGUCAACACCUCUGACUUCGACAGCAAGAUAGUGGAGAACUGUAUCUGCACGCUGAGGAACCUGUCGUACAGGCUGGAGCUGGAGCUGCCUCGGCUGCAGGGGGGACAGGAGGGGGAGGGUCUGCUGGGGAAGGAGGCGGGGCUGGGGAGCGACGGCUCCAGUAAGGAGGAAGACUCCAGCUGCUGGGGCCGCAAGAAGAGGAGGAAGAAGAAGGAGGUGCAGGAGGACCAGUGGGACGGCGUGGGACCCAUCCCUGGCUUCUCCAAGUCUCCUAAGGGGGCUGAGAUGCUGUGGCACCCGGCUGUGGUGAAGCCUUACCUGGGCCUGCUGGCCGAGAGCUCCAACCCUGCCACCCUGGAGGGCUCCGCCGGCUCCCUGCAGAACCUGUCUGCUGGCAACUGGAAGUUUGCGGCGUACAUCCGUGCGGCGGUGCGUAAGGAGAAGGGCCUGCCCAUCCUGGUGGAGCUGCUGAGGAUGGAUAACGACCGUGUGGUCUGCUCCGUGGCCACGGCCCUCAGGAACAUGGCCCUGGACAGCAGGAACAAGGAGCUCAUAGGUGGGGACACGCACGCGCACACACACGCAGAUGGACUCAUGCACACACACUCUGUGUUCUCCUCAGCCGGCAGCGCCACCUCGUCUCCUGCUGUCCUGGGCAUCAAGGAGCAGCGCUCAGACUACCAGAGGACACAGCCCACUAUGCAACUUUAUAACUACCAAGGGGACAACAAUGUACAUAAAGGUCAACAUACAGGGUCUGGGAAGCCUUCCCCUUACUACGUAGCAUCCUACUCCUCCCCUACCAGAGAGGAAGCCAGGAGACCUCAGCCCCAGCAGGUGUACUACACAGAGGAGCCUGGCCGCAGGAACUACGACACCUACAGAAUGUACCUGCAGUCUCCGCACGGCUACGACGACCCCUACAUGGACGAGGUCAUCACUUACCCCCCCACCUCGGACUACAGCUCCCAGUCUCACGGACUCAAGUCCACCAGCAACUACGUGGACUUCUACUCCAGCACUAGGAGACCUUCUUACCGGGCGGAGCAAUACCCUGGCUCCCCUGACUCCUGGGUGUAGGUGCGCUCCAGGAGAGGGCCGGGGAGGGAAGAUACCCCACCACCCUCUCCACGGGGCAGGUCAAGGGGCAGUUUACAUACAGUCACGCAAAUGGUUACAGACAUGAAUUGUGUGGGGGAGAGAACUGAUUCCUGAGAGGGAACCUGCGCUGGAGUGAGUAGGGGGCCCACAGUAGAACAAACUCUUCCUUGAACUUUUGAUUUGUGUGUUUGUUUUGAAAGUGAAUAUGACUGUAAGGGGGUCCAAGCAAGCGGAGCAGCAGAGGGCGCAGGGGAAUGUGAGCCAAAGAAGGAAAUCAAGGAAUGUUGGGUUUUAUGUUGUUUUAAAGGGAAGAUGGAAUCCUGUGUCUGGUUGUGUGUGAGGGCAGCCGGCUCCAUCUAGAGGGACGUUCUUUUGACACACGUAGCUUUGGUAGCAUGGUGAAGGUGUGAGUCAUGUGUUGAAAGGUUUGAGGUAAAGAGUCAAGUUGGCAGAUGUGUAUGUGUAUGUGCUUAGACCAAAAUGGAUCAUGAACUCAUGUCUGUAAAAAGAGUAGUAAUAAUAAUAAUAGUAAAUCUAAUGAUGUUAGGUUGUACAGAGGGAUCAACCUGUAUCUGUGCUCAGUGUUGACGUGUUGUUGUUGUUUCCAUGGAGACUUGUACAUUUCCUUCAUUUUAUUGUAAAUACAAAAACAUGUCAUCUGGUUUGUGCUGAGCUGCACUAGUUAAACCUUGCACCAUGUUAAAGAUCUCUAUAGAUAUAUAAAUAAAUGAAGACGUAAAGAGACAUGGGAAAACAUCAUCAUAACUCAAACAUGAGAAGAUAAUAAAAGUUCACUUUUGUUUUUUAAA